GCUUCAUCCAUCACUUCCUGCCGGGGACUCCACGAGGAGGGGACGCGGUCCCCACGCUGCCCCGGGGAGGGGACGGUGCCUCUGGAACCCGGGCCCGGGGCAGCAAUGGCCAGCUUGGCCGCCCAGGACUCCUACCUGCAGGGCUUGGCCAGGAGGGUCGGCGUGCAGCACGCCCCGGAGUCGCGGAAGAGGAAAUUUGUGUCUAAGCCAGGCCAGCCCGAUGAUGCUGGCAGACAGGUCAAGAAACAGAAGAAAAAGAAACCCAGGAAGCAAGCUGAGAAGAAGAAUGCUCCUUCAGCCAAACAGGUGGUUUCUAACACCAGUAAACCCACUCCAGGACAGAAAGCAGCCCCUCAAGCCAGCAAAUCAUCUCCACAGGGUGGUACACAGAACAGAAAUGAGAGUGUGGCUGCAGGAAGUAACAGUGAACUGAGUUCCCCUUCUGUUUCUGCAAUCAAUCUGUUGCGUCAGAGACUCCACGAAAAGAUUAAAAAGGCUUCUGGACAGGAUAAUGCCAAAGAAUUAACUCCUGCAGUCCUGGAGAAGAGGCAGCGAAGGAAGUACGAGAGAGAGAGAAAGAAGCGCCGGCGAAAGGAGUUGAAGAUGAAGGCAAAAAUGGAGAAGAAAGAAACUGAGGAGGUACCAGCAGAGCCAGAAAACAAAAAGGAGGAGAGCAGAGCUGAUAUUGUCUUCAACAGGGUUGAAGUUCAUGAAGAGAAUGAGUUGAACAAGAUGCAGAAGAAGAAAGAGAAGAGGAAAGCAGUGAAAGGCAAUAUCACUCCUCUGACAGGAAAAAACUACAAGCAGCUGCUGAGCAGGCUGGAGACCAGGAAGAAUAAGCUGGAGGAGCUCAAGGAGAAGGACGAGAAGAAAGCUCAGGAGCUGGAGACCAAGAUAAAAUGGACAAAUGCUCUCUAUAAGGCGGAAGGGGUGAAGAUCCGUGAUGACGAGGAGCGUCUGAAGGAGGCCCUGAAGCGCAAGGAGAAGCGGAAAGCCCAGCGCAAGAGGCAGUGGGAGGAACGGACUGUGAGGGUGGUGGAAAAGAUGCAGCAGCGGCAGGACAAGCGCCAGAAGAACAUUAAGAAGAAGAAGAAGGAGAGGAUAGAGAAGAAGAAAGCCAGGGCCCGGAAGAAAGGCCGAGUUCUGCCAGAGGACUUGAAAAAAGCUGGGUUAAAGUGAGAGCGAGGCAGCCGCUCCUGGCCUUGGGGUUCCACGGUGGGGUGUCCGUCUGUCACAUGGGGCUGUGUGUCACUGUCCCAGGCUGUGGGGCAGGCACUGCCACAGUUUCCCAGCCUCAUCAUAUUUAAAAAAACAGUUGUAUGUUUGUUAAUAAAGUUUUCUAUCCCAAAGAAA